CCCCGGCGCAGGGCGUUCAGGGGCGGGGAUAAAGCGUACGGCGGUCAGAAGGUCGUUGCAAGAUUGCCUAGGCUUCGGGUCCGUGGAGAAAGCGUUGCCAAAAUGACAGACUCUGAAAAGAACCUCCAUCAGGACAUCAUUUCUCAGCUGCAUAAUUCUGCUGCUGUUGGAGAUGCAGCCAAACUGAAAGCAUUGCUCAGUCGUUAUCCAUCACUUAUCAAUGUGGCUGCAGAUAACGGCUGGACAGCCCUGAUGUAUGGUGCCAGAAAUGGUCACCUUGAGGUUGUCCAGAUUCUUCUUGAAGAAAGGUGUGACAGGUCCAUCUUUAAUAAAUCAAGGCAAACAGCUCUGGAUAUUGCUAAACUUUGGGGGUACAAGCACAUAGCUAAUUUGUUGGCUAAUGUGAAGGAUGGGCAGGUGCCUAAUUUUCUGUCAAAUGAAGUGAAAGAAUAUGAAAAUUAUUUUGGUUUGACACUUCUGGACAGAAGGAGUGAUAAAAGAACAGAUUCUAAGUGGCUAAGCAAAAAACAAAGCCAUCCAACUACAGUAUACAUCCUCUUCUCAAAUCUAAGUCCUUUGGUUACUUUGGGUGGGGGAAUAGAGAGCCCCCAGCAGCCAGAAGUAAAGCUUUGCAGGCUGUACCACAAAGAUGUGAAGCAGUACAUGAACCAAACUGAAGGAGGCACUUUGAUUUUUCUUGGAGUUGAACUCCAGUUCCACAUGAACCUGCUGGCUGCUUGCAAUGGAAGAGUUCUGCAAGAAGAUGAUCGGUUAGUUGCUUGGUUUGCUCUUAGCAUAGAUUCUGCUUCUGCUGAGAAAUUUAAACAGGAGCAUGAGGACUGUUACUUUCUUCACCCACCAAUGCCAGCACUACUGCAGCUACCUGAAAAAGAAGCUGGAGUAGUAGCCCAGGCUAGAUCUGUUCUGGCAUGGCACAACCGCUACCGAUUCUGCCCAACAUGUGGGAGUGCAACCAAGACUGAAGAAGGGGGUUACAAGAAAAGUUGCUUAAAAGAAGAUUGUCCCAGUCUCCAAGGUGUUCACAACACAUCAUACCCAAGAGUUGAUCCUGUUGUGAUAAUGCAAGUCAUCCAUCCAGAUGGGAAUCAUUGCCUUUUAGGUAGGCAGAAGAAGUUUCCCCCAGGAAUGUUUACCUGUCUUGCUGGAUUUGUAGAACCCGGCGAAACAAUAGAAGAUGCGGUUCGAAGAGAAGUAAAAGAGGAGGCUGGUGUCAAAGUUGGCCCUGUUCAGUAUGUCUCUUGUCAGCCAUGGCCAAUGCCCUCCUCCCUAAUGAUUGGCUGCUUAGCUGUUGCAGUGUCUACAGAAAUUAAAGUUGACAAGAAUGAAAUAGAGGAUGCCCGUUGGUUCACUAGGGAACAGGUUAUGGAAGUUCUCAUUAAAGGAAACCAGCAUUCUUUCUUUGUACCACCAAGACAAGCUAUUGCACACCAGUUGAUAAAACAUUGGAUUGGAAUGAAUGCUAAUCUUUAGUUCAAAUAAUUGAUUUCUUCUAGAGAAUGCUGAACUAGGAAUAAAUUAGAAAGAGCUUUUCAUUUAGUAAAUAUUCAAUCACAUGAAAUUUUGAGCUUUUUGUUUGGUUUCUGAGCUAAAUGUUUGUAGGUUUUCCAGAUCUAAGUUACAACUGAACAACAACCCAGUGAUUAUCCCAAGCAAGCAAGGAACAAAUAGGUAAAAUUGGUACCUUGUUGUGCACAGGCUUAUUUUCCUGUCCUUCACUGGAAGGAGUCACAGCAUUACAAAGAGGCCUGAACUGGCCUGUUGUUUGAACUCUGUAAUUACAUCCUCAUAUUUUGUCUUUCUCAUUUUUUCUUAUCUCCAUUCUUUAAAUUCUGCCUGGCACAGUGCUGAAAGUCUUAUCAACAAUGGUUAUUUUUAAGCUAAUAGCAUGUGUAAAUUGUGAAAAUGUAGUACUUUGUAUCUUUUACAUUAAUACUCUAAGCAGAGUAUUUACUCCUCCAGUCUGAUUUGGCUGCACUUACCCAAUUGUACAUCAGCCUGAAUUUAAAGGUAUAACACAAUACUCUGUUUAUGAAAAAGGUAUUGGAGAACCAUCCUCAAAAGACUAAAUUUUAGGUUGUCCCUUGGCAGUGAGUUACUUCAUUCUCUGAUAAUUAGAAAUAGAACUACAGAGUAAUUGAGGAGAAAGGUAGAUAAAUUAAACAAGACAUAGUAUCUCAGAAUUUGUACAAAAUUCUUGUAUGGAAAUGGAAACACAAAGAUUGUUACUGCUAUUAAGAAUUUUAUUAUGAAUUUUAUUAAGAAUACAGUGGAAAGAAAUAUUAACCCCAGCUGUAAGACUGGAAAAGCAAUAUAAGAAUGGAAAUAUUUAUAUUAAAAUUGUAUUAUAAAAAUUAUAUAUUAAUGCUGCAGUUCAGAUUUGUGCCUUAAUUUGUUGUGUUACUGAAAAAAUUGUAAUAUUCUUUCAAAAUGGAAGGUUACAAAAGUAUACUGGUUGUAUUAUUGUCAUUAUGGAAUGGUUCAGUAAUAUGUGAUUAUGCAUUCAUUGCAGUAAUACAAAAAGAAAUGCAAAUGACCCUAAGAAAAUGCAAUUAUAGUUGUAAUUAUUAACUUAUUAUCAUAUGGUGAUUUGUUUAUUCAGAGUAAUUUGAAUAUUUUUGAAUCAGUGAAUGAUGUUAGAUGUGUUUCAAAAUUAUCUGCAGAUUGGAAUCAGUAAAAAUAUUUUACAAAUCCUAAUAGUUUGGAUUGUUUUUUUUUCCAUCCAAUGUUACACUGUGCACAGCUUUUUUUUUUUUUUAAGGCAUUGCAUAUCAAAUUUUAAACCAAGAAGCAUUUCUGACAGCCUUAGAACAGCUGACAAAUAAUUACUUUGCUUUAUUCUCUUGUUUCAGCUAUACCUACAAAUGAGGAAAAACAGGUUAUCUGAGCUAGUUGGAAAUGAGAAUGAAGCAGUACACUGCUUCCCUUAAAAAUUGCUUUUACAGAGAAGGGGAAAUAGAAAAGCUGUCACGAACUACAGCUACUAUCAGGACCACAUGUUAUUGGUGAAAUUAAUCUUUAAAAUGUGGGACGGAAGGAAGCCUAGUUGUAGGUUGUUCAUACAAGUAAAGGAGAACAUCGAACAGUAUGCGAACAGUGGUGGAAGCUAAGCAAUGGAAUGAAUUUUUAACUAGCACUAUGAUGAUUACACAUGAAGAAGGAUGAACAAGGAAUGAAUGAGGAGUAGAGGUAAGACGGGGAUAAAGAAAGGGCAUAUAUAGAUAGUGUAAAGAUAAAAAAUUUAUCACAUUAAAAUAACUAAAAAUAUGUGUAUAAGACCCAUCCUGGUUUUUCAUGUAGGAAGUUAUGGUGGGUUGCUAUAGAGAUAGGUUUGUAACUGAAACUCAGAAGUAUCCAUAACUGGUGGUUUGACUUUGGCUAAAUGCCAGGUAUUAACCAAGUCGCUCU